CAUCGCUACAUUACGAACCUGACCACCUGUUGGAUUGCGCCAUUGCUUUAUUUCCUCCUUCAAACACAACGGUCGUGCCGUCGGUGUCCUGAAAAUGUCUUCGGAGAAACUUGUCAUGGACCAAGGUUUUGCCCCUUCCCUGGCUGGUCUGGGCCUGACCCGGCCGUACAAGAGGCAGGGAGGGCGGCGGACGGGCCUGGUGCUCCUGGCGGGAGGCUGUCUGGGCGGGGUGCUGGUGUGCGCCGUCCUCAUGCCGCUGGUCUACGUCACCAUGUCAGACCUGCAACUGGAGGUUACUGAGCUCAAGAACCUCGUGACCUCCGGAUCCAACUCUGCGUCAACCGCCUCAUCGUCUACAGAGGACCGAGAGAACGGCACUGCUGCGGGCGGGACGCACAGGGAGCGGAGAGAGGCCGACCUGACGCCGGAAUUCGGGGACGUGUACGUGCGGUGGGGUAGGGAGCAGUGUGGUGAAAACGCAGAGACCAUCUACGCAGGUGCUGUUGGGAGUGGUUGGUACCACCACCACGGAGGAGGAAGUGACUACCAGUGCCUGCCCCUGGAAGAUGUGGAGUGGGGGGAAAACCCAGUGGCCGGUAAUCAGCACGGGAGCUACAUGUACGGGGCAGAGUACGAGGUUGGUACUGGAUACUUCUCCACAGACAACAUGGAGUCCAUCACCAACCCUAGUCAAUAUGACGUCCCCUGCUCGGUGUGUCACGUGGCCGGUCGGUCCUCACACGUCAUGAUCCCCGCCCGCCUAUCCUGUCCCACGGGGUGGAGUAAGGAGUACAGCGGGUACCUGAUGUCAGAAAAGCACACCCACUACAGCAACAAGAACUUCAUCUGUAUGGACGGAGCUCCCAACCUAAGGGCGGGAUCAUCUGCAGACCAAGAUGGAGCCCUGCUGUACCUGGUGGAGGCGCAGUGUGGCUCUCUUCCCUGUGGGCCCUACAUCAGCGGCUAUGAGCUGACCUGUGUGGUCUGCACCAAGUGAACUUUCCUUAUCUUGGAAUCAAGAAUGAUUUUACAACGUUUUUUUCUUUAUUAACCUGUUGACAAUGUCCGUAGCAUAUAUUCCACCGUCUAACGUUGUAAGAUCUGUUUGUGUGUAUUCGUCCUUUCCUAUGUGUGUAUUAAACAGCGACGGAGUGCCCAUGGCUAUCACAUACAUGUAGUUCCAAAAUAUACUUGACUACUGUACUUCACUGUAGUGUAUUGCACAACCAAGAACGUCUAUGACUUGACCUUUGAUGUACCGUCACCCAGGCCUAAGGCAUCUUUUGUGCCCAUUGAAUCAGAAACUAGUUAUACAUGUAUGAUUUGGUACGUGUAUCACAGAUUGCCUUGAUAGAAGAUUUGAAGCUGGUGUGUUAUUAUGCCAAAGGGCGGUUAUACCAGUCAUUCAUACAGAUGUUGGCUUCACGAUGUAUUGUAGAUGACUUUGUAUACAUCUAGAAGUUGCCCUCUCUUGGAUAAAGGGGUCGAUAGGUUUUUAAGACAGAAUAGAGGGUUUCUUCUUAAUUCUGCGUGCUUAACUUUAAAAUAGAUGCCCUUGAGUUCGUACACAGAGUGUUAUAGAGUAGAGUUUCGGCCAGGCAGGAGUGUUGACUCCUGUUUGGGACCACUAUAGAUUAUUAACAGUUAUAGAUUAACACAAUUUCUGUGCUAUAGCACUUGUACAUUGAAUCCAUCAAUAGCCUUUGGAUUUCGUCUACAUGGCUUUGUCCUGUUGUAGGGGUGUGGCAGAUCCAUUGUGUGUGAAAAUGACCUAGAUAUGAAAAGCUGACUGGUCUGAUCUGUCCCAUAUAAACUCCAUUUUCAUUACUCUUUUACAUAUACAUAUGACCGCUGUGUAGAUUAUAAUAACUCGUGUAACUAGGGUAUUUACACUAUA